AUGGCUAGUAUACCGUUAAUGUAUGCGCAGGAGGACUGUGAAUUGGGAGAAAAGGGAAGCAUUGAGGAUGAUUUUGCAUAUCGCAACAAUGUUAUGAAUGCGGAUAAGGAUAUUCGUCUUGGCUUUAUUCGAAAAGUUUAUAGCUUGCUGACAGUACAACUGUUGGUCACUGUCGCAAUUGCCUCAGUUUUUUUACUUGUUAAGCCAGUACAAGUAUUUAUACAUUCCAAUGAAUGGAUGGUACUAAUUGCAUUUGUUCUGAGUAUGGGGACACUACUAGCGCUGAUUGUUAAACGUCGUGAAUAUCCCACAAACCUCUACCUCCUGGCUGGUUUUACUGUGGUGCAAGCAUACACUAUUGGUGUAGUGGUGUCAUACUUUGACACAUUCAUUGUCCUUCAAGCCCUGGGACUCACAUUCACUGUGGUUCUGGCUCUGACUUUAUUCACAUUCAAUACAAAGAGGGAUUUCUCUUUCGUCGGAUAUGGCCUCGUAGCAGGUCUCAGCGUGCUUAUUAUCGGAGGUAUUAUUCAAAUCUUCCUUCAAAGUUCUGCCUUCGAAAUCGCCCUUUCUUUUACCGGAGCUGUAUUCUUUGGACUUUUCCUUAUCUUUGACACUCAACAGCUUAUGACAACUCUAUCCCCAGAAGAAUAUAUCCUCGCCACUAUCAAUUUGUACAUGGAUAUACUAAACCUCUUUCUAUACAUUUUGCGUAUUUUAAACGAACUUAACCGUAACUGA